AAAGUAAACCUACUCGAUGGAACUAGCAUUAGCAACAUGGGCCGCGUUACUCGGCAUUGUCGCAGCGCUCUUCCUUUUGCGCGGCCGGCGCCGGGGCUACAACCCCCCGCCGGGCCCCAAGCCAUGGCCGAUCGUCGGCAACCUUAACCUCAUCAUGGGCGAGCUGCCCCACCGCUCCAUGAACGAACUCUCCAAACGGUACGGUCCGCUCAUGCAGCUCUGGUUCGGGUCGCUGCCUGUUGUCGUCGGCGCGUCCGCUGAGAUGGCAAAGCUCUUCCUCAAGACCAACGACGCGGCGUUCGCCGACCGGCCGAGGUUCGCAGUCGGCAAGUACACCGCGUACGACUGCUCCGACAUCCUAUGGGCUCCCUUGGGGCCGUACCUGCGCCAGGCACGCAGGAUCUGCGCCGCCGAGCUGUUCAGCGCCAAGCGGCUCGAGUCCUUGGAGCACAUCCGCGACGAGGAGGUGCGCGUGAUGCUGCAGCAGCUGCGCCAAGCGACUGGGCGCACCGUGCAGCUUGGGGACUACCUGCAAACGAUGACGCUGGGAGUGAUCUCGCGCAUAGUUCUGGGAAGGAAGUACGUCGUCCAGGAGGAGGGGAACUCAGCGCCGCCGGUGGUAACGCCUGCCGAGUUCAGGGAGAUGGUGGACGAGUUCUUCGUGCUUCACGGCGCGUUUAACAUUGGUGACUUCAUCCCGUGGCUAGAUUGGCUGGACCUGCAGGGCUACGUUGCAAGGAUGAAGAGGAUGAACGCGAGGUUUGGUCGAUUCCUGGAACAUGUCCUGGACGUACACAACGAGCGGCGGCUACGCGAGGGAGGGAGCUUCGUGCCAAAGGACAUGGUGGACGUGCUGCUGCAGCUGGCCGAUGACACUAUUCUUGAGGUGCAGCUCAGCAGGGACAAUGUUAAGGCUAUCACACAGGACCUCAUCAUCGGAGGCACGGAUACUACUGCAGGCACCAUGGAGUGGGCUGUCUCGGAGCUCCUCAAGAACCCCAAGACCUUAGCCAAGGCCAUGGAGGAGCUGAACCACGUCAUAGGGCCGGACCGACUGGUGACGGAAAGCGACCUCCCUCGCCUCCCCUACGUUGAGGCGCUCCUCAAGGAGACCAUGCGCCUGCACCCUCCGGGGCCGAUGCUGGCGCCCCACGUGGCCCGCGAGGACACAUCCGUGGACGGCUACGACGUGCUCGCCGGCACGGUCGUGUUCAUCAACGUCUGGGGAAUCGGCCGCGACCCUGCACUGUGGGACGCGCCGGAGGAGUUCCGGCCGGAGCGGUUCCUCGAGAGCAAGAUCGACCUGAGGGGUCAGGACUUCCAGUUGCUGCCGUUCGGCUCUGGCCGGCGAAUGUGCCCCGGGCUCAACACUACAGUAAACGGAGAAACGUCCGACGGCCAAAACCGUCGGACAUUAGAAUUAAACCGUCGGAAAUAGCUUAUCUCCGACGGCAAAGACUUAUCUCCGACGGCUUUAAGCCGUCGGAGAUAACUCGUCGGAAAUAAUGCAAUGUCCGACGGCAGCCGUCGGACAUAGCCUAUCUCCGACGGCUGCUAGAGCCCGUCGGAAAUAAUACAUCUCAACCGUUUUACCGGUCA